UUCUUCAGUAGGGCCAGCAGCAGAGAGACAGACUCUGGGUGGCACCAUGGCCAAGUACAGGGUGAGGGUGUCCACUGGGGAGGCCUUCGGGGCUGGCACUUGAGACAAAAUGUCUAUUACCAUCGUGGGGACCCAGGGAGAGACUCCCCGACUGCCUCUGGACCAUCUCGGCAAAGAGUUCACUGUGGGCGCUGAGGAGGACUUCGAGGUGAAGUCCCCCCAGGACGUGGGCCCGGUGCUGCUGCUGCGCGUGCACAAGGCGCCCCCGGCGCUGCCCCUCCUGCUCGGGCCCUUGGCUCCGGACGCCUGGUUCUGCCGCUCGUUCCAGCUCACGCCGCCGCGGGGCUCCCCGCUCCGCUUCCCGGCCUACCAGUGGCUGGAGGGGGCGGGGAGCCUGGUGCUGCGGGAGGGGGCAGCGAAGGUCUCCUGGGCAGAUCACCACCCCAAGCUCCAGCAACAGCGCCGGGAGGAGCUGCAGGCCAGGCGGGAGAUGUACCGCUGGAAGACUUACCAGCCAGGCUGGCCUCACUGCUUGGACAUGGAAACCGUGAAAGACCUGGACCUCAACACCAAAUACUCUGUAGUCAAGAGCACCAACUUAUACCUGCGAGCACAGUCUGCGUUUGCAGAGCUGAAAAUCAAGGGGCUGCUGGACCGCAAGGGGUCCUGGAGGAGUCUGAGUGAGAUGGAAAUGGUGUUAAACUUCCAGAAGACCCCAGCCACUGGGGACAAGAGUGGAAGCAGGAGGACCAGUUAUGAGGCUCUGGUCGUGGUCAGAAGAGGAUGGUGGCCUCAGCAAAGCAGUGACAGCAGAGAUGGAGUGGACAGGUGGACCUGUCCUCAGUAUGGAGAAUCAGUGGGAUGUGAUGAGAAGAGGAAGCGAGGUCCCCAGGCUCUCCCACAGCAGCCAGAGUAUGUUUUUGAGCACUGGCAGGAAGACGCCUUCUUUGCCUCCCAGUUCCUGAAUGGCCUCAACCCUGUCCUGAUCCACCGUUGUCGCCGCCUCCCAGAGAAUUUCCCUGUCACUGGUGCCAUGGUGGCUCCAGUGCUGGGCCCUGGGACCAGUCUUCAGGCUGAGCUGGAGAGGGGCUCCCUGUUCCUAGUGGAUCAUGGCAUCCUCUCUGGUGUCCGUACCAAUGUCAUUAAUGGGAGACCUCAGUUCUCUGCAGCCCCAAUGACCCUGCUAUACCAGUGCCCAGGACAUGGGCCCCUGCUGCCCCUCGCCAUCCAGCUCAGCCAGACCCCCGGGCCCAACAGCCCCAUCUUCCUGCCCAGUGAUGACAAGUGGGACUGGCUGCUGGCCAAGACCUGGGUACGCAAUGCUGACUUCUCUGUCCAUGAGGCCCUCACGCACCUGUUGCAAACACACCUACUGUCUGAGGUCUUCGUUCUGGCUACACUGCGCCAGCUGCCCCGCUGCCACCCACUCUUCAAGCUGCUGGUCCCGCACACACGGUACACCCUGCAUAUCAACACGCUGGCCCGCGAGCUGCUUAUCACCCCUAAGCGGGUGGUGGACAGGUCCACAGGCCUUGGCCUCAGAGGCUUCUCCGAGUUGAUACAGAGGAGCAUGGAACAGCUGAACUAUUCCGUCCUAUGUCUGCCUGAGGAUAUCCGUGCCCGAGGAGUUGAAGACAUCCCUGGCUACUACUACCGGGAUGAUGGGAUGCAGAUCUGGGGUGCAGUGGAGCACUUUGUCUCCGAAAUAAUUGGCAUCUACUACCCGAGCGAUGUGUCCGUUCGCGAUGACAGUGAACUCCAGGCCUGGGUGUGGGAGAUCUUCUCCAAGGGCUUCCUAGGCCGGGAGAGCUCAGGUCUUCCUUCCUCAUUGGAGACCCGGGAAGCCCUGGUGCAGUAUGUCACCAUGGUGAUAUUCAACUGCUCAGCCAAGCACUCUGCCGUUGGUAGUGGGCAGUUUGACUACUGUGCCUGGAUGCCCAACCUGCCGCCCAGCAUGCAGCUGCCACCACCCACCUCCAAAGGCCAGGCAAGCCUGGAGGGGUUCAUAGCCACCCUCCCACCGGUCAAUGCUUCAUGUGAUGUCAUCAUAGCCCUCUGGCUGCUGAGCAAGGAGCCUGGAGACCAACGGCCCCUGGGCACCUACCCAGAAGAGCACUUCACCGAGGAGGCCUCACGGCAGAGCAUCGCUGCCUUCCAGAGCCACCUGGCCCAGAUCUCCCAAGACAUCAGGGUGCGGAACCAGGGCCUGGUGCUGCCCUACACCUACCUGGACCCUCCCCUCAUCGAGAGCAGCAUCUCCAUCUAAAUCUGGAGAUCAGGGCCUCACGUGACAACUCUUUGACCACAUUGCUCUAGUCCCAGAGAAAGGGACUCCCCAGAAAAACAAGCCCCCACAUGCCUCUCCUAAGACAACCAGAUGCCAUGUAACUCACCCCCCACAACAAAACAGAAAUAAAUACAGAGAACAGAA